UGAGCUUGCUUCCCACUCGCCUUCUGACAUCAGACCCCUUCGAUGUAGCUCACAGGACAACCAGCAACAAAAUCCUUGGCAAGAAAAUGAAUCUCUUUCUCCCAUCGCCUGCUGCCUUUCACUUCACGCCCCCAGAGAAGUCUUUCUUCAUCCGACAAACAGUGAAGAUUUUUUUCCAGGUCACAUGAUCCAGGAUGAAGGGGGAAAAUCCUGCUUGGAACAGAGAUGACCUGUGAGUCUCGACAGAUCAAGGGAGAUAAGGUGUGAGGUGGAGGGGGGGGUGUAUAUAAAGAAUGUCCUCUGUACCACGGCAAACGUACCUCCACCAACUGGAUGCUUCCCUUGAGGCAGCCAUGAAUGUGUCUGAAGGCACAGUCACAAGCCAGCUAAGGGCCACUAGCCGGACUUAUUUUUAUUUCACCACAGCCACCCUGGCUCUGGGUCUCAUCUUUACUCUGGCGACUAUAAUGGUUUUAGUAGUUCAGAAGAAGGAACCCGUUCCUCAGUCACCUGACAAGUCCCCCCUUGUAGGAGGAAAUUGCUCAUUGGACAUCUUAAGUGUUCUGAAGAAACCUCUAGGGAAUGAGUCAUCAGCAUAUCUACAAGUCUCAAAAUCAAUAAACAGUUCCAAACUGACCUGGAACAAAAAUGGCAUCCUCAAUGGCAUUGGAUAUCAUGAUGGAAAUCUGAUCAUCCAAUCUCCAGGCUGGUACAUCAUCUAUUGUCAAUUGCAAUUUGCUGUGCCUAAUUGCCCAGACAAUACUAUUGACCUGAAGUUGGAACUUCUCAUUGAUAACAUAAUCAAGAAGCAAACUAUCGUUACUGUGUGUGAAUCAAAAACAGUAGCAAAGAAAAUCUACAGGAACCUCUCCCAGUUCAUUCUGCAGUAUCUAGAGGUCAACAAUACUGUGUCCAUCAAGGCUGAAAAAUUCCAAUAUGUGGAUAUAAAUACCUUUCCUCUUGAGAGUGUGUUGGCAGCCUUCAAGUAUAGCAAUUCUAACUGAACAACCUCCUUUGGCCCUUGGAGAGAAACCCAUCACCAAUACCACACAUCAUUUAUAGCUUUCCACAGACUGACUAAAGGGGAAAAAAGAAGCCUUUCACUGGAGACCUUUAUCAUUAGAUUAAAACCCCAAACAGUGUGAAACAUAUGUCUAUCCCACUUUCAUUCAUCACUCAUUCUGUGAUGAUAAAAUAGAUUCUUGGUGGAACUGUGUUUCAGAAGGGAGACAGAAAGGAAUUCUAGUCACAAAGAACCACACUCUCCAAGCACCCACAUCUAAAAUUCCAAAUCAGUGAAAAAUUGAUCAAGCGAGAAAGACUGGACUUCCUCCACUUACAGUCUGACUCAAUGAUAAUGCCCAGAAUAUUACAGUAAAUAGCUGGACUGGGCAUGGAAUCACAAGGUCUGAAACACACAUUAUGGAGACUUCCCUGCAGCAGGCCACUCCAAUUCUAAGAUAGGACUAGGGGGAAAAUGUAAUUAAAAACAAGAGAUGAUUCAAAGCAAGACUAAUUGGAUGGGAUGCUUAGCAAACUACUGACUAAGACCUAUAUUUAUUCCAAUUAAGAGCAACCUAUAUCAAGCGCAUGCAAGCAUUUGCCUACUGCUGCCUCAAAACAUGCAGUGGCAUACGUUCAAUGAACAUUAGCUGGUGACAAUGACUAUAUCGUAUGACACUCACAGAGGCAGCAAAUGGCUGCUGUUACAGAUGCCUGGAGUCUUUCUCUUUUAAAUGGAAGAAAAAUAGCUGUAUAUGGCUUGGACAUUCAACUCCCUUAGUAUCUGUACUGAUUCCAAUUCCUGCAAGUGCUUCCCAGGAUAAUAAUUAGAUUUAGGGCUAUGUAACUAUGAUAGAAAGGGCAGAGGGGGAACUUUAAUUCUUAGCAAGACUAAUGGUCCAUCAUUGUGAUCUUGGAGAUAAUAGAAGAAAAUCCUAAAUGACUAUAAUGAACUUCAUUAGUUAGGGUUUAGGACAAGAAAGGAUGACAUAAACAGAAGCCUCAGUGCAACAACUCUAUGUGUAGCCACCCAGAUAUCUGGGCAAAAGUAUAUGCUUGGAUAGAUAACCCAAGGGGAAGUGGCUUCAUGCAGUAGGUGUAUUCCUGUCUUGUACACAAAUUAAAGUUGGGUAAAUCAAAAUCUCUCUUCUGUUGCUUUUCAUCAGAACUUCAGAGACUCUCAUUACUUCCCUGGGGCUUUUAGUUUCAGUGUUCCCCAUCCCAUCACCCCUGAUCUCUGCCACCCUCUCCCUCACCCCCAAUCCAGCUUCUCUAUUAAGCAACAAUCUGUAAACAUUUAAAUGUAUUUGGGAAAAUCAUUAUUUCAUAAUCAUUGUCCUCAGCUUACUUUAUGCUUAUCAAGCACUUUCACAUUCAUGUCAUUUGAUCCUUACAACAGAAGGGAAAGCCAAGGUCCAGAGAAGUAAAAUUAAUUUGCCUACAGUCACAUGGCUACUAAGUAUAAAAGUCAGGAGGAAAACUUGGGUCACCUGAUUCAAACUCCCAAGAUUGUCAGGAAUCUUGGGAUAAAUGUAAAUAAUUUUUACUAAUAGAAUUGAUGAAUGCUUGUCUGAAUGGUCAAUACCAAGUAAAUACUUUGAGAUUUCAAAAA